CUGUAAAAUGAAGAAUGCUACCGUGCCCUUGUUUGUGCACCAGACUAAUCGGACUGCGCUUGAGAUCACGUACAACGUAGGCUUUUUCUUAAAUCUUUCACGUACGUAACGAAGGUCUACACAAAAAAAUAUACAAAAUCCGAAAAUGGCCACGAUUUUGAAGUUACCCUGCCGAUCUGGCGUGAGUUUACUUGGUCGAUUAACAAAACCGGCGACAUCAUCCCUUGGUGCCAGGCCAUUCCAUUUCACAGUUGAAGGGAGGCAAACAGGAGGAACCGCAAAAACUGGAUCAAUUUCCCACGACUACCCGGUAGUGGACCACACAUUUGAUGCGGUAGUAGUGGGAGCAGGGGGCGCGGGGCUGCGAGCUGCCUUCGGCUUGGCCCAGGAAGGCUUCAGGACGGCAUGUGUAUCCAAACUGUUCCCUACACGAUCACACACAGUGGCUGCUCAGGGUGGCAUCAAUGCUGCAUUGGGCAAUAUGGAACCAGAUAACUGGAGAUGGCACAUGUAUGACACAGUCAAGGGUUCUGAUUGGCUGGGAGACCAAGAUGCAAUCCAUUAUAUGACAGAAGAAGCACCAAAGGCUGUCAUUGAGCUGGAGAAUUAUGGCAUGCCCUUCAGCCGCACAGAGGAAGGCAAGAUCUACCAGCGAGCCUUCGGUGGGCAGAGCUAUGACUAUGGUAAAGGAGGCCAGGCCCAUCGCUGCUGUGCUGUAGCGGACCGCACUGGGCAUUCCCUACUCCAUACACUGUAUGGCCAGUCCCUGCGGUAUGACUGUGAGUACUUCAUUGAGUACUUUGCACUGGAUCUAAUCAUGGAGGACGGGGUGUGUCAAGGGAUCAGUACGUUGUGUCUGGAAGAUGGUACCAUCCACAGGAUACGGGCUAAAAACACCAUUCUUGCAACUGGGGGCUAUGGGCGUGCUUAUUUCAGCUGCACUUCGGCCCAUACCUGCACCGGGGACGGCACUGCCAUGAUAACCAGAGCUGGCAUAGCCAAUCAGGAUAUGGAGUUUGUGCAGUUCCAUCCAACAGGCAUCUACGGCGCUGGCUGCCUCAUCACUGAGGGUUGCCGUGGCGAGGGUGCCAUUCUCAUCAACAGUGAAGGCGAGCGCUUCAUGGAGCGCUAUGCCCCGACGGCUAAGGACUUGGCGUCCCGUGACGUCGUCUCGCGCUCCAUGACCAUCGAGAUCCGGGAGGGACGUGGGGUUGGCCCCUUGAAGGACCACGUCUUCCUGCAGCUUUCCCAUCUGCCACCUCAGCAGCUUGCCACCCGGCUACCGGGCAUCUCUGAGACAGCCCAGAUCUUUGCCGGUGUGGACGUGACACGGGACCCGGUGCCCGUGCUGCCCACAGUGCACUACAACAUGGGUGGGAUACCAACCAACUACAAGGGACAGGUGAUCGUGUACGAGAACGAGGAAGACAAGGUGGUGCCUGGCCUGUACGCCUGCGGGGAGGCAGCUUGCGCAUCGGUCCACGGAGCCAACCGCCUGGGGGCCAACUCACUUCUGGAUCUGGUUGUCUUUGGGCGUGCCUGUGCUCACACCAUCAUUGAGCAGAACCAGCCUGGUGAAGCCAUGCCUGAACUGAAACCAAAUGCUGGUGAAGCUUCCGUUGCCAACAUUGACAAGCUGCGCUUUGCCGAUGGCAACACUAAGGUUGCUGAUAUCAGGCUGAACAUGCAGAAGAUUAUGCAAAAUAACGCUGCUGUGUUCCGCACUGGCGAGACGUUGAAGGAAGGAGUUGACCUCAUCAUGGAUUCAUACAAGACCAUGGAAGACAUGAAGUUGUACGAUCGUGGCAUUGUUUGGAACACCGACCUUAUCGAGGCCCUGGAGCUGCAGAAUCUGAUGAUUAACUCCGUACAGACCAUGGUGGCAGCAGAGGCACGCAAGGAGAGCCGAGGGGCACAUGCGAGGGAAGAUUACAAGAGUCGUAUUGAUGAGUAUGACUACAGCAAGCCUCUGGAGGGGCAGACACCAAAGCCUUUUGAGGAGCAUUGGCGGAAACACACCCUGAGCGACAUGAACGUGGAGAGUGGAAAGGUUGACCUGUUGUACAGACCCGUGAUUGACAAGACUUUAAACCAGGAAGACUGUUCAACCGUUCCACCUGCCGUUCGCUCAUAUUAAAAAAUACAGAGACCCAUGUUAACAUGUAAGAAUAUUGCAAACUUCAUAACAAGUUUUGGACACUUUGUUUUCAACCUUCUUGCAAGCAAGGGGGCGGAGUCUUCCUAUUGCCCCCCUCCCCACAAAGGUUCGCUGUCCAAUACCCUGUAAGUAUAAGAGGUGUUCAAGAUUUAAGUCCAAUAUGUAGAUAACGAAAUGCGUUGUAAUUAGUGACAUUUAAAAAGUCUGGGAAUGAAUACUUUGUAUUCUACAUGAGCUGUAGAAAAUGUUGAUAUUCCAGUUUGGUGAUAAGAAAAGUCUCAAGUUUAAAAGGUGUCAAAAUGUGUUCAAACAACGGAAGGCUGGACGCAAAAAACAACACCAAGCCAAAAACAGAAACCUUAAAAAAAAGAGAAAAAAGCCAAGUGUAAUACAUGUACAUGUACUGAAGACAUGUACUGGUACAUGGUUAGAUUGAGGAAGGUUGGAUUUGGAAUAAGUGCUUAAUGGCCAUUUGUGCUGGAAGCAUGUUCUAAUCUCAUUUCUGUUUUCCUGGAAGAUUGUAAAGGCAGCAGUGAAGCAGUUCGUAAUGUAGUCUUUGGAAGGCUUUUGUUGAAAAUGUACAGGAUCAUUGUACAAUAUGAUUGUCAACACUAUAACCGCCUGUAGGCUUGUGCUAGCAAAAAGCUUUUUUGACAUCCCUGUCAAAUGUGACACAAGGAAAAGAAGUGGGUACAGAAACAACCUGUAAUUGUGUAAGUGUGGAUUGAACAGGUGUGGGACAAACUUUCUGCAUUGUCCAUGGGAAAUAGAGCUGCUAUACAAAGGCACCUUUUGUUGAUCGCAAAUGGUUUCACACAAAGGCCCUUCGGUUGUUCACUUACGCUUUUGUAAUGGACAUUUCAGCUGAUCAGUCAGUGUGUAGAACCAACACCAUAGCAACGGAUGUCGCACUUCAUUGCUUCUCUGUUCAAGGAACGUGUGGUAAUGGCAAGGGGACAUUUGAAACCUAAAAGUAGAAAUAGCCUGUCUAAAUAUACCUCGAAAGGCAGUGACCUCUGAAAAUCGAGAAAUUUCGUACUGUAGGUGGCUGUACGUUUAUGAAUCUUUCUUGCCUGAAGGCUGGCUUUGUUGAAGUUGCACAUUAUGUGCAAAAUGAUACAUGCAGUGGGCAUUUUGUGCACUUUUUCAAAGACCUUCACACUAAUUAAUGUAAUCCUGUGCCUAAAGUCAUUCUUGCUGAAAACUGAGUGGCUCCGAUUGCUGCCAGACUUGACCCAAAGGAUAGACCUUCAUCAGACCUUCGCCGUGCACACAUUACAUGUACUUGGCUUUAGCUUGAAAACUGAACACAGCCAAGAAAUUUGGACAAGGCCUCAUUCCAGCAUGAUUUGUCACAUACUAGUCAGCCAUGUUGAAUUAAAAGCAAUGCAAUCUGUGUAAAUAUUUUCGAAAACCUCAAGACCUGUGGUAAUGAAAAGAUAAUGCAAUACUGACAAGUAAAUAACCUCAGUGUGCUCGUGUUGAUCUUCAUUAUUCAUUACGGGUGAAAGUCAUCAUGUUUAUGACCCAGAUUACAGAUACACUGACAUCAAAACAUACACUGAUAAGUAUGUCUGGCAUCCUCCUACUCCUGGGUGUAGAGUUAAUGAAAUGGGCGAAGGGAGCACAGUCUAAAACUGCCAUUACUUAAAUAACCCUACCACAAUGUAGCUUAUUAGAAUCUUAGUCCGUGUCCGAAACGGGCUUCCAGAGCUACGGCUAGGUCUAUUGUCUGCAAGUUUCCACGUACUUUCAAUAGAGUGAAGUCCUAGACCCUAGCUCUAAACAACAGAUUUGGAUGCAGCCUUACUCAUCUUGCAUGUAUGACCAACAAAGGUCAUUGAGUAUUUACUGACCACUAGUUGGUAUUUUUGGUAACCUGUGCACUCAGUGUAUCUAGGUAGUGGGUACCAAGCAACAUUGACAAGUGGUGUGUUGCAGUUCAGAGUGUAUCUGCAGUGCAUUAUACCCGUAAUUCGAGCCUUGUUAAUGUUGUUGGCUGUGUGCCUUGUGUGUGUUACGUGUUUUGACAUUUUCUGACGUACCAAUGCAAGUCUUUUCAACAAAUAAGUUGUUAACUAUCCUUUUUUUGAUUUUAAUCGAUUCAUACUGUAUGAUAUAAAAUGUGUUUGGUAGAUGCACAAAGAACUUUCUGGCAUAGAGCUAAUGUGCCGUACUGUACAUGAAUAUGUACACGUGUACAGUUUUGCCUUUUGCCAUCUGAAUCAUACUUUUAAUUUGUACAUCAAAGCCUAUUAAGGUCAACGAUUUAAAUAGGUUAACGCAUGGGUUAAAAUAUAAUUAUCCCAUUCGAGUAGUCAACACAGGUUGAUUUUGUGAAGGGGUUUAGCAGUUAAAAUCUGCGAAGGGUUAAUGAAACUAGGUACAUGUAAGUCCAGAGUAAUGAUAGAUUGUAAUACCUUUGUCUAUAAAUAUAACUUGUUGGGCUUGAAGACGGAUGUUCAUGUAUGCUUGGAAUGACUCACAGUUUGAUGAAUAAAAAGGGAAUAUGAAGACUGUUAGAUUUUAAA